AUGAAAACCUUCAUCGUUUUAGCUGCUACUAUUUUGGCCGUUAGCGCCUUGUCUCUACAUGAGCAAUGGGCAGACUUUAAGGUCAAACAUGGUAAAUCUUACAAAAACAUCGCCGAAGAGACAGCUCGUUUCGAAAUCUUCCAACAGACCCUCAAGAAAAUCGAAGAACACAAUGCCAAAUACGAAGCCGGUUUGUCCAGCUUCUGGAUGGGAGUCACCAAAUUCUCUGACAUGACCAGCGAAGAAUUCCAAGCCAUGAUGAACAAACAAAUUGCCAGCAUGCCAAAAAUCGAAGGCGAACAACACGUUCCUUUUGAAGCUGAACCAGAAGAAAUCGAUUGGAGAAAGAAAGGUGCCGUAUUAGAAGUCAAAGAUCAAGGUCAAUGCGGAUCCUGCUGGGCUUUCAGUACAACUGGUGGUUUGGAAGGACAGAAUGCCAUCAAAAACGGCAAAAAGGUAUCUCUCAGUGAACAACAGCUUUUGGAUUGCUCUGGAAGUUACGGAAAUGGUGAUUGUGACGAAGGUGGUGUUAUGGAAUACGGUUUAGAAUACGUCCGUGAUCACGGAAUCGAGUCCGAAGCGUCUUACCCAUACGUGGCAGAUAAGAUGUCUUGCAAGGCCAAACCCAACAAAACCGUUUUGAAAAUUAAAUCCUUUAAACUCGUCGAAGCUAGCACUGAAGCUUUGAAGAAUGCCGUGGGUACCGUUGGUCCAAUUUCGGUAGCUCUUUACGCUGGUGAAGAAUUGCAGAAUUACGCAGGUGGUAUUAUUGACCGCAACUGCGCCGGACAAAUUAACCAUGGAGUAUUGGCUGUUGGUUACGGCGAAAGCCCACAACCCUACUGGAUUGUCAAGAACUCAUGGGGCGCCGACUGGGGAGAGAAUGGUUCCUUCAGACUCUCCAGAGCUAACAAUCUCUGCAGUAUUGCGAACGAUAUGGCUAUUUACCCAGUUUUGCAUUAA